UGUAUAUAUGGAUGAAUCCUGCACCUACAGACUCAACAGAUCACAGUGUAAAACUGACCUGCGAUUCUUUUUGCACCUCUAAAUAUUGGUAUUAUAACUACUGGAAGAAGAAUGGACAGUAUUUCACACAUACAUUGUCCAGGGACAUUACGGUGUCAUUUGAAGAUUUUGGCAGUUAUUCCUGUUAUCAAGACUCUAAAAAUCCCUCCUCGUCUGUGUGUGUUUCUAAGAGUGGCUGUUGGGAUGUGUCUUAUACCUCUAGAAGAGUCUGUGCUUUGGUCAACUCAACAGUAGACAUUUCCUGCACAUACUCACAUCCCGCUGAUAAUACGAUUAAUAAAACAUUCUGGCAUUAUGGUCAGGUUGGAGACUUCAGGGAUCUGCGUGAGGAGCAUCAGUUUGCUGGUCGUGUGGAGUUUGUGGAAAACAAACUGAGAAUCAAAGAGCUCAAGAUCAGCGACUCUGGAGAAUAUCGAUUCAGGAUCAUCACAGACAAAACAGGAGGAACAUAUUCUGGUUCACCUGGAGUCAUUCUCACUGUUACAGAUACGCAGGUGAUAAGCAGACCACACACUGUAUCAAAGGGAGAAAAGGUGAUAUUAAGCUGUUCAACUAAAUGCACUCUGAGUAACAAACACACUUACAUCUGGUACAAGAACGGACGGCAGGUAACGGACGGAUUCACUAAAGACAACAAGCUGUACCUGGACUCAGCAAUGGUCAGCAAUGAAGAGCUUCAAGAGUUCUCCUGUGCUGUAGGAGGCCUAAAGAAAAGCACAGCACUGCGAAACACUGCAGUCAUACUGUGUGUGUUUUUGAGUUUUGCGCUCAUUGGAGUCCUGUGGAUCAGAUGGAGAAGAUGUACAUUGUUUAAACCCCACAGAGCUGAAAAAGAAGAGGUGCAGUCUGACACAGUGAACAUUAACACAUCCAGUGACAUCAGACCGAAAGCAGAUGCUGACAAUCCAGAUGUUCACUAUUCCAGCAUUAGGUUUAUCACAAAACCCACAUCUUCAAACCCUACAGCUGAACAUCCAGCAGACAGCCCAGAAACAGACAGUGUUCACUAUACCACAGUUAUGUUCAAAUGACACGCUGUUGCCCUCUUGUGAGCCAAUCAUGAUACUGUAUUUUGUAGAUAGAAAUUGUAUAAAUAACCACAGUUCCUAAUAAUCGAUUUCUGCAUUGUGUAUUCUCAUGUACUGAAUAACUAUAACUGUAUUAUAGAGUAGUUACAACACAAAUAAACAUUUCAUGUCCAUUAGUUUAUUUUUUAGGGCAAGUUGUCAUGUAGUAUGUGGGAUAAUGUAUAGUGAUAUUCAGAUUUAGUUGCAUAGAAAAAGUUUAAGUAUUGUGUUUUCAAGUUACAUUUAACAUAGUUCUUAAUUAUGAAUGUAAAAACCACAAUGUAAAACCCCAACCUACAGGUAUGAAAGCAAAACAUGAUUCUCUAAUUGUUUGUUCACUUAAGUCCAUUAAUAUGCAUUUAAGAAAAAAAGUUUACAUUAUAAAAUUUAUUUUUAGCAAGCUGUUAAUUUUUUAAGUGUUUGCUUUUUAACAUAUUGUAUACUUACUCUAGGUAUCCAAGUAAAAAUUAGGCCCUUGAAAGAUGCAGCCUCUAAAUAUUAUAGAUUUAACAUUAAGGAUAUGAAUUUGCAACAUAUUUUUUUGUCAUGUCCAACUAAUAGUUUUUUGUUUGGUUGUUUUGACUGAUGUAGUCAUGGUGUUUUACUUGAUUUGGGUUAUGCAGCUAUGCAUCUACGUAUGCUACUGGUAAUCUGCUUGUGAUAAAACAAAAUAAAAGCAGUAAACGUUGUAAUAUUAAUUCAGUUUAAAUGAUUUAUAUGUGAAUAUUUAUUAAAAUAUAAUGAAUUCCAUUGAUUAAAGGUAUAAAUUUCAGCAGACAUUACUCCAGUCAUCAGUGUCACAUGAUUCUAAGCACUAAAGUCAGGUUAACCUGAAUUGCAAUGUUAGACCAAUGAGCUGGUGGAAGUAUAAACGCAACUGGCUGAUUCUACUUAGUUAAUCAUACAUUUUGAGAUUUGUAUUAUGCCAGCAAAAGCUUGACUGACAUAGUGUUUUUGCAGAACUACUGAUUAUGAAAACUCUUGUCACAGCCUUGACUAUUGCCCUUGUGGGUAAGUUGAACUACUAGAAUUUAAAAUGUCUUACUUUAUACAAAGUUACCAAUGUAAUUUCUUUAAUUAUGAUUAUUUAUAUUAUUAUUAAAGCUUUCUUUGAUAUUUCAACAAGUCAGCAGAUGCAUCUUGGUAAGCAGUCUUGACCAUCAUCAUUUACAAUGAAGAAAUAAUACUUAAACAUUUAUAAAAUUGUUUUGCACAUUUAGUUCCUCAUUUGGCAGGGCC